UUCAGGACCUCAGAGGAAUUUGCAACCAGCGCAAAGGCCUCCCUUCUUUUCCCUCGCCAUCUCAAAGCAACCAAGUCUGCUAUUUUGGGAGAGAAACCCCAUAAAAAUUAUAGGUCGGUGACAUUCCCAGUACUGUUGUUUGAAAAGUAACUUGCUGUCUUGUUUCUCGGUCCUCCACCCUAACUAUUGCAGCGGUAGAGAGCUCGGUUAGAUUGGACUGCCCAUCUCAUCCAACGAUUUAUUUCCCUCCAUAGCUGUUUUGAGGUACAGUGCUAGAUAUUGAUACCGAACUGAGUUGCUUUCUGCAAUUCUCUUAAUCCAGCCUCCAACAACCUGGUGUCCUCCAGGGAGGUCAAUCUUUGACUUUCAUAAGCUCCAUCUGGCCAUGGCACUUAUUAUAGGAGUUAUAGAGGUCCAAGUCCUGAUACUUGCAGAAAGCACCAUUAAGGAUGGCUGGGGUAUUCCUCAAAAACCAUGUAAGCUCAUGGUCAUUGUCAUACCUUACGGCAGUGACUUCUGCAGAGUAAUGCUACAUAACAACCUGCCUGCCAAUUUGUUUUAGUAGGUGAUGACUAACUAUAGUAUUGUGAGAAAAGAAACAUUCCUACCCACUCCAGUAAAUGCUUUUAUAACUGCUCCAUAUUUCUCCUACCCCCUUCCUUGCCUUCAGUGCCCUGGCUAUAUUGACUUUCCUGAAAUAACUCCCACUUAAUUCAGUAGGACAUUGGUAGAUCAGAAUCAGGGAAUGUUGUUCUCCAGAUGUUGUUCAUGGUGGUCUCCUUUAGCGAUGGGUGUUGGGUGGGAAAUAUAAUUGAGCAAAUUCUAUGAAGUUACAUGUUCCUCUGCUUAUACUUCACUGUUCAGGAGUAAAGCCCACUGAGUUCUAUGGAAUUUAGUCUCAAGGUCCUCUAUCUAGGAUUGCAAAUUUAGAUGGAUCCCGAAACAUCCUUAGGUAUCUCAUUAAAGCAAGGGGGACUUAGGUCAUGACUGAGCUGUUCAUUCAAAAGGGAUAUUAUAGAUACAAAGUAACCACUCUGGACUGUUAAUUCAUAGGAACUACUCUGCAGAUACAAAGUAUCUAUUAAAUCAAAGGAACUGCUUUUUCGUUUGUUUUUUUGCACUGUGUGCAGGGAACUGCGAUCCCACCCGUAGAUCAGGAAUAACAGACUUCAGGCCUUCAGGAUUUGCUGUCUCUUGGCACGAAACCCCCAAGAUCAGCCAGCUUGAGCCACAAGCAAGCUAAUGGAACUGUUCAGCCCCCCAACUAUGCCUUGAUACGUUACGGCUUAGUCUGUGUUGUGCAAAUCACCUGCCGUUUCAGGUAGCUUGAUUUGGGAUGCUACGCAAAGCGAGACUGAAAAUUCAGGAAUGUGAGUUUCUUGAGCAGCAGCUGGGGGUGGAAAGGCCGGAGGGUGUAAUGGGAAGGCACGGCUGAACUUCAGCCCCUGAAAUGUUCUUUGCCUAGUGGAGGUGCAACAGCAGUACCGUAUUUUCUUGUUUUCCUACCCCGCCACCCCCAGUUGUAGGCAUUGAUCAACUCUGCGUACCGAUAUCAAGGAGGUAAAAUGUUGCUGCGCUCGAAUGUAGGUUGAUUAGAACUUUUUAAAAUGUUGGCCGAUUUUGGCUUCAUAUCCACCUACAGCCGUUAAGAAGUCUGUGCACACUAACAUCACUGCUUUUGGGAUGGGGGGAGACUGGGUACCGCUUUACCUAUGCCAGGGACUACAUUUCCCAAGGUGCUCUGCAUCCCUUGGAAGGCGGCGAUUGGCCAUCAAGCGCUCGGAAAGGCGGUUUUCAGUUUCUGGCAAGACUCUGUGAUUGGAGGGCGCACCCGGCGAGGGGAGGGGCAGAGCGGGGGAGGUCUGUGGUCUUAUAAGGCAGUUCUAGGAUUGGCCCCUGGCCUGUUGAAGGGCGUACCAGCGGGGGCAGUGAUUGGCUGGAGCAGGGGGGGGUGGACCCUUAGUGCCUGCGGGAGGGGAAUGCUAGCUGCCAAGCCAAGCCGGAGAGCCAGCUGGUCCCGCAGCCGGAGGUAUGAUCCCUGGGAGAUGCUGCAAGGAUGGAGCCCAGCGGGGUGGAAGCAGCUUACCCACGGCUCUUCAGCGUUGCACAACGCUCCGUCUCUGAAGACCUGGGCUGUAGACGUGGAGAAUUCAGUAGGAAGCAUUAUGGUUCAGUAGAACUGCUUAUCUCCAGUGAUGCUGAUGGGGCCAUUCAGAGGGCUGGCCGGUUCCGAGUGGAAAAUGGCUCAGUUGAUGAGAAUGCCGAUUACACUCCUGGCACAUGGCACAGAACAGACGUGCAUUUGGAGAACCCAGGAUAUCAUACCCGAUGGUACUUCAAGUAUUUUCUAGGAAAAGUUCAUCAGAACUAUGUUGGCAUGGAUGCAGAGAAGAACCCCUUCUUUUUAUCCGUUGUGCUGUCUGACCAAAACAAUCAGCGUGUCCCUCAAUAUCGUGCAAUCCUCUGGAGAAAAACAGGUACCCAGAAAAUCUGCCUCCCUUAUAGUCCUACGAAAACCUUGUCUGUGAAAUCCAUUUUAAGUGCCAUGAAUCUUGACAAAUUUGAGAAAGGCCCUCGAGAAAUCCUUCACCCGGAAAUUCAAAAGGAUUUAUUGGUCCUUGAAGAGCAAGAGGGUUCUGUCAAUUUCAAGUUUGGGAUUCUUUAUGCCAAAGAUGGGCAGCUAACAGAUGACGAAAUGUUUAGCAAUGAAACUGGCAGUGAAAGUUUUCAGAGGUUGUUGAGUCUCUUGGGGGACACAGUUACUCUCAAGGGCUGGACUGGCUACAGAGGAGGAUUGGACACCAAAAAUGACACAACAGGGCUUUAUUCUAUCUAUACCGUCUACCAAGGGCAUGAGAUCAUGUUCCACGUUUCAACCAUGCUUCCAUACUCGAAAGAGAACAAACAGCAAGUGGAAAGGAAGCGACACAUUGGGAAUGACAUUGUCACCAUUGUGUUCCAAGAAGGAGAAGAAGCUUCUCCAGCUUUCAAGCCGUCCAUGAUUCGCUCUCACUUCACACAUAUCUUUGGCUUAGUGCGAUAUAAUAAACAAAGCGAUAGCUACAGGCUGAAAAUCUUUUCAGAAGAAAGGGUACCUCUCUUUGGACCUCCUCUUCCUUCCCCACCAGUGUUUACGGACCACCAGGAAUUCAGGGACUUUCUGCUGGUGAAAUUGAUCAAUGGGGAGAAAGCCACUUUGGAAACACCAACGUUUGCUCAGAAGCGGCAGCGAACGCUGGACAUGCUAAUUCGCUCCUUAUACCAGGAUCUCAUGCCUGACAUACACAAGAACAUGCUUAACAGGAGAUCCUUCAGCGACGUCUUACCCGAGUCCCCCAAAUCAGCGCGGAAGAAAGAAGAGGCCCGACAGGCGGAAUUUGUCCGUCUUGGCCAGGCCCUCAAACUGAAAACCAUUGUGAGGGGUGAUGCCCCAGCUAUUUUAGCCACCACAAGCCUCUGUAAAAAAGAGCCCUGGGAGUCUCAAUGCUUCUGCAGCAAUUUCCCACAUGAAGUUUUCUGUGCAGAUUCCUGGGGCCAGUCCCUGCUUGUCUCAACAGAUGUUGGUGUCCUUCUCUUAGACGAUGGGCAACCUCCCAUCCCAGUGUUCGAUAAAACAUUGCAGAUCAAACAGAUGCACAUACUUGAAACGUUGGACCUUCUAAUUACCAGAGCAGACAAAGGGAAGGAGGCACGGCUUCUGGUGUUCAGGCUGAAUGCCCUAUGGAAAGGCAUCGAAGCGAGGCUAACCAGGAGCAAAAGUGAUUGUCGAGAAAACAAGUUGGAGAAAACAAAAGGCUGCCAUCUGUACGCCAUCAACACUCACCAUGGCAACGAGCUGCGGAUCAUCGCCGCGAUUCGAAACAAGCUGCUUCUCGUCACCCGGAAGUUCAGGCGGUGGGAGAGUCUGAACGGUGCCCCCUUGGUGUCUCCCCAGUCAGAGUCUCCUGUGGAGGAGUUUCAGUACAUCCGGGAAAUCUGCUUGUCUGACCCUCCUGUAGUCAUGACAUUGGUGGAUGGCCCCACCGGAGAAAAUGACAACCUGAUCUGUGUCGCCUACCGACACCAGUUUGACUUGAUCAGCGAGAGCACGGGGGAAUGCUACAGACUGCACAAUAUUGACUCGAGCAGGGUUAAUUUUGUUGCAGCUAUUGAUGUGUAUGAAGAUGGAGAAGCCGGCCUGCUCUUGUGCUACAACUAUGUUUGCUAUUACCGCAAAGUGUGUCCCUUUAAUGGAGGCUCAGCUCUGGUCCAGCCACUGGCAUCAGACUUCCAUUUCAGCUGGAACCAGGUUCCUUAUGCUGUUGUUUGCGCCUUCCCUUACAUUUUGGCCUUCACUACCGAUUCCAUUGAGAUCCGGUUGGUGGUUAACGGGAACCUCGUCCAUACAGCCGUGGUCCCAGCUCUGCAGUUGGUGGCAUCAAGGUCAGAUAUCUACUUCAGAGCUGCCACAGCAGUGAGCGAAGUGUCCAACAGCAGUUCGAAGGAGCCCAGCUCCCCUGGGUCCCCUCAGACACCUUCCGUUCAUGAAAAUCCCAUUUUCUCCCCUGCUGUAGCAGAAGGUGAAGUUUUGUGCAGACAUAUCUACAAAAUUCCCCUCAGCAACCUGGUUGGCAGGAGCAUCGAGCGCCCACUCAAGUCUCCCCUGGUCCCCAAAGUCAUCACCACCCCAACAUCUGCUGGCAUCACCUCUAUCCCAGUUGCACCUUCCCUCUCUUUGUCGCGCAUAGAGAUCAAGGAGAUUGCAAGCAGAACCCGCAAAGAAUUGCUCGGUCUCUUAGAUGAUCCUACUUCAAAGUCAGAAGGAGGGCAAAAGCAGAAGAAGCUUCCAUCAAAGCAAUCAGACCCCAAGGAGGGAACUCUACGGUCCUCAAGCAGCGACAGGCUCGUUGUGAGCUCAUUUGAAAGCACUUCCGAAGAGCCCCACUUCUCUACCGGUUCAGACCUUGACACUGCCCCGCUGGAUGAGGAGCCCCAUUCCAGCAGUCUCUUCCAACUUGGGGCCUCCUUUGAUGAAGGGAUCAUUGAUUUGAAGUGAAGACAACUGGGACUCAAUCUUUGCACGCACUUACCCUGUUCUCUGCCACUGGUUUCCCCCACCCCACCCCACCCC